AUGAGUGAGGUGGUUUGCACAAAGUCCCAAGAGGAGUAUGAAGACGACUUUGAGAAAGAUCUGGACUGGCUGAUUAGAGAGGAAAGCCGGAGUGAGGACCAGGGUCCUGACUAUGAUGACAUUGAGGCAGAAAUUGACAAAGAACUGGAGGAGGAUGAGAAACAGCAAAGAAUGAAACAAAAGGACAAAAGCUACAAAGAAGAGAAGAAAGGCAGCAAAACAGAGGAGGUGGAAGAAGAUGAAGAGAGGUGGCCUUCACCUAUGGAGCCAUUGGAAUAUGACUCUGACAGAGAUAGCCCAACUAAGUCAUCGCCUGUAGUCCCACCUCCUCCAGGGAUGGAUGACCAGACAGAAGAGGAGAAGAAGUACAUUCUGGAGAAGAUCCAGCAAGCUAACCGGGAGCUGCAGGACCAGGAAGCUCCAGAUAUGACAAGGCGCAGGCGGUUACAUUUUAAAGAAACGCUAGUGGACCUAGUGGUGCCUCCACUGCAGUUUGAGAAAGAUAGAAAAAGCAGUGUGGUGGAAGGGGGAAAGGAGAACAAGGAUAGAGAAAAGGAUACAGAGCUAGAGACUGAAGUGUCAGGGAAACUGUCUGAGUUAAAGCUUUCCCCUCGGGAGGAAAGUGUAGGAUCUGGAAGAUCUGGCAGGGCUGUGGAGAGCAGUGAUGGAGGGCAGGGGAUAAAGGAGGGCAGAGUCCUUGUGGAAAAAGAUGGGAAAUUUCACCUGGUCAGCUUGAAAGAGGUGGAGAGUCAAGGACUUCUCCCUCCUAUUGCAAACAACUACAAUGAAUACUCACGCUCCUCUCCACAUCUCCAGGAGCAGACUGUGAGCUCCAGUAAGGUCCACAAUUCCUCCGCCUCUCCUCGUUCUCGUGCCGGCUCUUCCUCCUUCCAGCAGGGUGUCGAUCACCUCCGGGCCCCCAGACCUCCAGCGCAGCCCAGGAGCAGGCCCAGCUCAGCCAGCCACAGUCAGAGAGGCACCCAGAGGAGAGGCAGCAAACGACGUGUGCAGUCAGCCACUGGGACACCCUUCCAGGCCACUUACACCCUCUCCCCCCAGCAGAAAGAGCUGCUGCACAGGAUCCAGGACAGGAAGGAGAGGUUGGCCAGAGAGGCAGAGCAGAGGAAACAUGAGGAAGAGGAGCAGAAGAAGCAGGAGAACGAGCUGGCAUUCAAAGCCUGGCUAAUGAGGAAGAGAGAGCAGCUUCAGGAGGAGAGAAGGAUCCACCGAGCUCAGGAGAUGGAGAGGAUGAAUUCUAAGAAGGACUCUUCACACAGUGACUCGGAGGAGGCCUUCAAGCUGUGGCUUCAGAGGAAGCAGGAACAGCAGCAGAAAGAGAAACAGCUGGUGGAGCUGAAGAAGCUGGAGGAGGACAGUGGUUACCUCCUACGCAGCCGCGAGGAGUGUGAACAUGCCUUCAAACUGUGGGUGAAGCGAAAGCGGGCGGAAAAGCGAGCGGAGCAGCAGGCGGCUCGAGAGCGCUCCCGCAGGCUGGUGCUGGAGGAGAGACGAGCGCGACGCAUGCGGGACCUGAUGUGUACUGUCAAUGAAGCCAAGCCAUUCAGAUUCACUGAGCAGCUGGCCUACCGCUUCUGAACCAAGCACACCCAGCAAGACUGCUGAAUUCACACAGCACCAUCUAAAACUGGAUUGAAUUUGGCUGAAUCUGUUGAAUCUGUUCAUACAGUAAUUUAACCAUAGGCUGGACAACACAAAAACCUGGUGUGGAACAUAAUACAUCAAUUAUUGUGUUCAGUUUGUUUUAUCAUUUCUAUUUCUCUGCUGUGUUAAAGCACAUUUCUUAAAAAAGUGACCUCUACACAGUGACCUCUACUCAGGUUGAACAUAUCUGGGUAAAUAAUUCA